AUAGACCAUUAGCAUCAAGAAAGAGGUCAAAGAACUGAGGACUGAAAACUGAAUGGAACGGUUACAGCUUGUGUUACUCGGUCUGUAUUAAUUCUUACUGUUUUUCCAUACGUCUCUGAUAAUUUUCUUUCUUUCUUUGUUUUGAUAUGGUAAUGAAAGUCGAAAGACUGUUUUUAAAACAACCGAUAGAGGUUGAUGGUCUUCACCGUCGAAGUGACUCGAAACAGUUUUUCGCUAAUUCGUGGCCGAUUGUCCUGUAAGUGAAUAAUGAGCAAAAAAGUGUAGUUUACAACUAGGCUUUGCGAUUCUGAAGCGAAAUUUUGAAAUUUGAAUUUGGUAAAAUGAACACAAAAAGACAUAGGUAUCGGAAAUUUAUUAUUUUAAUUCAGGAGCCAUAUAAAAGAAUUUUACAAACCUUCGGAGACAAAAGUUGUUCAUGUCCUUUUCAGACAGAAAUGAAAAUAUCAAUCUCUGAGCUUUUAAUUUUCACCAGAACGUUUCUGCGAAGCAAGCUAAGGGAAUAAACGCAAGAACUGAACGCUUUACGAAGGAAAAUAACGUACAGAUCAUAAAACAAACCUUCACAAUUAGAUCUGCAUAUGUUUAGAAGAGGAUUAUAGCUUGGAUCGAGCCGUCGUCACUCACCUACCGGGAGCGAACACCUGUUCUCUGAAACCUUCAUCGAUCGCCGUCGACUCAAAAACACUUUAAAAAGAGCGAACUUGGACUUAGCAACGAGUCUAAACAAAUUUUAUUAACACGCCGAAGAUUUUAGCAAUUACGACGGGAAAUGUAAUAUAAGUAGUAACUAUUUGGAAAAGAAGCACCGGUGUCCGUGAGUGAAUAGGAGAUAAAAAUUGACCUAUAUAGUUCGUGAAAACCAUGUCGACGCCGAAAAACAACUUCCAAGGUGAUCCGCUGAUUUAUGUCUGCGGUGAAGCGAACUUAAACACGCCUGGAGGUCCUUCGCUCAGGGACAUAGUCAUCAGAAAUUUAGUAACUACUUGGGCAAUAAGAACGCAUCCCGUCACGGAUUUUCUUGACCCAAGACAAGAAAAUUCAGCGGAGCUUUUCCAAAUAAUUCCUUGCGCGAGUGUUUUCGUGUUCAUUUUCAGUAAAAAGACUCUGGAAGACAGCUAUUUUCUGAAUCAGUACGGACUCGCCAAAUCGUACAAAAUUCCCGUGGUGGGAAUGCGAUUGACGAAUUAUUUUAUACGGAACUCUUUACCAGAGCAAUAUUACCGGACGGAAAUCGUCGAUAACAGCGGCGAGUCAGUACUUGACAGCAAGCCGACGGCUGAAAAAACAGCGUCGUCGCUCGCCGAACAUUUGAUCGCUGAUUUUAGACAUUCCAUGGUUUACGGGCCAGAUUUUCACAAAUCUUGCAUCGAAAGGCUCGUCCAUAAAGUGACCAGAGCAUGUGCGCAACGCGAGAACGAAAAAGCAUUUCUUCGGCGAUCGAACGAGAAUGCCUCUAUGGUGAAUAAACAGCGGCAAGACAAAACGAACUCACCAACGAAAUGUCCAAAGUGCGGGUUUAUUUUCACAAAUGUUUCUCCACCGCCAAAACUCCAGCGAGCAUCGAGCACGGGCUCUCUUCUACGCCGUAGCAACACGUACGAUCAUUUGCCGUUUGGAACUUCAAGUGCCAAAACAACAGUGCCCAGGAAUAGGACACCUCUCCAGCCCGCCACCAUCCAAAUUCCAAUUCCACAAGUUGUAAAAAAGCCUAAAAAAGCAGAAAUUCUUCAUCAUGGUAAUUGGACAACUAAACCGGACAACAACAAAGUGCCACCGCAAAUGGAACCAAAAAUUCAGCUGAGGGCCUCCUCGGUGUCAUCUUCGGAAAGCGCUCGAGAAGAAACGAAGCCAUCGCCACCGCCACCGCCACCGCCACCGAAGCCAGCUGAAAACCCGAAGGUUUUUCGAAGACAGUCCCGAGUUUCAAAUGGUGGCUGGACCGAGAAACUCCGGAAUAAACUUCGCCGCCAAUCGAGCUUGCCCGUCAUACCGACGACCUAUCUCGUAACUACUCCGGAUGGGUUCGAAAAGCAGAUUUCCCUCGUAAGGUAUCCACCCGAGAAACAAGAGCCUUCGUCGCCUCGUGGAAGCGACGGCGCUUCAGGGUUUUCCGAAGACGAGGACCAGGAGACUAUACACAUAUCACGUGUUCCUAGCCCAGAUGCACCGAGCGGGUAAUAUUUAACGGGAGGGUUGUUUUUUUUGGGAAGAAAUGUUUCUUUCCACAAGCGAGCCUUGAUCAUGGUAAAAGCCAAGCAUUUCCACUCUAAAGAUACGGUUAUAUAUUAAUAUUAAUUUCCUCUUUGUCAUAUUUUUAAGAAUUGACGUGAACUGUAAUCUACUGAAACUUGGUGAAAAAAACUUGCACCACCUUCUGCUAAGAUUGGACAAUGAAAAAAAACCCCAUGAUUUCUUCGUAAAAAUGUAGGUGAACCCAUGGGAACAACAGAAUUACAUGCUUCUAAGAAUCUUAAUCUUUAAAAUUUUCAGACUUCAUCGUAUGGAGCACAAUCUAUUGAGUCAAGUUUAAACCCCACAGAAGUAGCAAAUAAAUUUGAGGGAUGGCACUUUUCGAUUGAGAGUCGUAAAAACAAAACUAACGUAAUCUAAAAUGGCUAAUCAGGGCGGAGACAAACCGCUCACAGCGCGGGAAAACGCGUGUGACCAAAUUGCGUCGGCUCUAGUUUGAUCUGAUUGGUUUAGAAAGUGGCGCGAGUUUUAUGGCUUGAAUUGGCAUGAAGUUCGCAUUAUCAGAAUUUCUAGAUACUGAAAAUCGCAGUAACUGUAAAAAACGUUUUUUCACUUUCUUAUAGAUAAUCACGCUAGCAAUCUUGUACAAAUUGAUGACGUUUAUUAAGCGUCAAUAGAACUUACCGCAAGGCAAUGGAAAAAGAUUCCAAAACUUCUCUUGUCUAUUCUGACAGGUUAAUGCUGAGACCUAUAUCUUAAUUCCUACCGAGUUGUAAAAUAUCAAAACCAGGC